GCCUCUCCUGCCACCGGGGUUUGUAUGAAAACACCGGGCGGCGGGCGGCGGGCGGCGAGGGACCCUCCUCCGUGCGGCCCGGGAGCCGCGGGCGGAGGCCGAGCGCAGUCCCCACCAGCGCCCACGCCGAGCCGGUUAUCUGCCAUGCUGGAACGAAGUAACUCAAGAUGAGCAAGCUAAAAGUGGUAGGAGAGAAAAGCCUUACCAAUAGUUCUCGGGUUGUCGGGCUCCUGGCUCAGCUGGAGAAGAUCAAUACGGACCCCACAGAGUCGGAUAAUGUCAGAUAUGUCACAUCCAAGAUUCUGCAUCUGGCCCAAAGUCAAGAAAAAACAAGGAGGGAAAUGACAACCAAAGGUUCUACGGGCAUGGAAGUUCUGUUGUCAACAUUGGAGAACACGAAAGAUCUUCAAACUAUACUUAAUAUCUUAAGCAUUCUUGUCGAGCUGGUAUCUUCUGGUGGAGGCCGAAGAGCAAGUUUCUUAGUUGCCAAAGGUGGUUCACAAAUACUGUUACAACUGCUAAUGAAUGCCAGCAAAGACUCCCCUCCCCACGAGGAGUUGAUGGUACAGACUCAUUGCAUCCUCGCAAAGAUCGGACCCAAAGAUAAAAAGUUUGGAGUGAAGGCCCGAGUGAACGGGGCGCUGAGUGUCACCCUGAGUCUGGUCAAGCAGCACUUUCACAACUACCGCUUGGCUCUCCCUUGUCUGCAGCUCUUGCGAGUCUAUUCUACCAACUCUGUGAACGCAGUAUCUUUAGGUAAAAAUGGAGUUGUGGAGCUGAUGUUUAAAAUCAUUGGACCUUUCAAUAAGAAGAAUUCGGGUCUUAUGAAGAGUUCUCUGUGUAAUCCUGACUGUCCUGGAACUUGCUUGGUUGACCAGGUUGGCUUUGAACACAGAGGUCCUUCUAUGUCUGUCUCUAAAAUACUUGGGUUAAAGGUGUGUGCCACCAUUGCCCAGCCCUCAUACUUCUUUAAAAACAACAAAGAGCCCAUUGUUGUGUUGUGUUUAUUGAAGGGUCUCUUGAGGUUUAAAUAUGUCACCUCUGGAUUAGGUGACUGGCAUACAGAAACAAAUGCCAGGAGAGCCGUAGACAGAGGAUAUGUUCAAGUGCUUUUAACAAUUUAUGUAGAUUGGCACCGCCAUGAUAAUCGGCAUAGAAACAUGCUUAUUCGGAAAGGAAUUUUACAGAGCUUAAAAAGUGUCACAAACAUCAAAUUGGGAAGGAAAGCGUUUAUUGAUGCGAACGGGAUGAAAAUUCUGUACAACACUUCACAAGAAUGCUUGGCCGUCAGGACCCUUGAUCCUCUUGUCAACACCUCUAGUCUGAUAAUGAGGAAGUGUUUCCCCAAAAACCGCUUGCCACUACCAACCAUCAAAAGCUCUUUCCACUUCGAGUUGCCGAUUGUCCCUGUGACUGGACCUGUGGCUCAGCUCUACAGCUUACCCCCUGAAGCGGAUGACGUGGUGGAUGACAGUGACGACAAUGACGACGCUGACCUAGAAGCUGAAAAUGAAGUCGAAAGUGAAGAGGACCGAGAUCAGAGUUUUAAGAAUGAUGAUAUUGAAACAGAUAUUAACAAGUUAAAGCCCCAGCAAGUACCAGGACGCACAGUAGAAGAACUGAAGAUGUACGAGCACCUCUUUCCUGAGCUCGUUGAUGAUUUCCAGGACUAUGAAUUAAUCUCUAAAGAGCCCAAACCUCUUGUGUUUGAGGGGAAAGUCCGAGGCCCUAUUGUUGUUCCCACGGCUGGAGAGGAAGCGUCUGGAAACUCAGGUAGUGUAAAGAAAGGAGCGGUACUGAAGGAGAAGACGUCUUCCAAGGGCGAGGAAGCCAAGGAAGAUGGCAAGGGCAGUGGUGGUCAGAACAGAACUGCUUUCUCAGCUCACAGCUUCAGCAGUGACAUUGUGAAGGCCUUGGACCGGAUCACAUUGCAGAACAGUACUUCACAAGUAGGCACGAGGAAGGACUGUGGUCCCCCUCUCACGGUCCUCUCGUGCACGAAAGCAUGUCCACAGGUGGCUACGUGCGGAAGUACUCUUUUUGAAGGGCGGACGGUCCAGCUUGGGAAGCUUUGUUGUACUGGAGUUGAAACUGAAGAUGAUGAAGAUAGCGAGUCCAACUCGUCAGUCGAGCAGGCCUCCUCUGUGGAAGUCCCCGAUGGACCAACGCUUCACGACCCAGACCUCUACAUUGAGAUCGUGAAAAGCACAAAGUCUGUUCCAGAGUACUCAGAGGUGGCUUAUCCUGACUAUUUCGGUCACAUUCCACCUCCAUUCAAAGAGCCCAUUUUAGAAAGGCCUUAUGGUGUACAAAGGACAAAGAUUGCCCAAGACAUCGAGAGGCUGAUACACCAGUGUGACAUCAUAGACCGGGUGGUGUAUGACCUGGACAACCCCAACUAUGCCACUCCAGAAGAAGGAGAUAUUUUGAAGUUUAACUCAAAAUUUGAAUCUGGGAAUCUACGCAAAGUAAUUCAAAUUAGAAAAAACGAGUAUGACCUCAUUCUGAACUCAGAUAUAAACAGUAAUCAUUAUCACCAGUGGUUCUACUUUGAAGUCAGCGGGAUGCGGCCUGGCGUUGCGUACAGGUUCAACAUCAUCAACUGUGAGAAGUCCAACAGCCAGUUUAAUUAUGGUAUGCAGCCACUUAUGUAUUCAGUUCAGGAAGCUCUAAAUGCCAGACCAUGGUGGAUUCGUAUGGGGACUGACAUUUGUUACUACAAAAAUCACUUCUCAAGAAGUUCAGUUGCUGCAGGUGGACAGAAGGGAAAGUCCUACUAUACAAUUACAUUCACUGUGAACUUCCCACAUAAAGAUGAUGUCUGCUAUUUUGCCUAUCACUAUCCAUAUACAUAUUCAACUCUGCAGAUGCAUCUUCAAAAAUUGGAAUCAGCACACAAUCCUCAGCAAAUUUAUUUUCGAAAAGAUGUGCUGUGUGAAACCUUGUCUGGAAACAGCUGUCCCCUGGUGACCAUUACAGCAAUGCCAGAGUCCAAUUAUUAUGAGCAUGUCUGUCAAUUCAGAAAUCGCCCUUAUAUUUUCUUGUCUGCUCGGGUCCAUCCUGGAGAAACUAACGCAAGCUGGGUCAUGAAAGGAACACUGGAAUACCUCAUGGGUAAUAGCCCUACCGCCCAGAGCUUACGGGAAUCCUACAUCUUUAAAAUCGUCCCUAUGCUCAAUCCAGACGGUGUCAUCAAUGGAAACCACCGCUGCUCUUUAAGUGGAGAGGAUUUGAACAGACAGUGGCAAAGUCCAAACCCAGACUUGCACCCCACGAUUUACCACGCGAAGGGGUUACUACAGUACCUGGCCGCAGUGAAGCGCUUACCUCUGGUGUAUUGUGACUACCAUGGCCAUUCUCGAAAAAAGAAUGUGUUUAUGUAUGGCUGCAGCAUCAAAGAGACAGUGUGGCACACCCACGACAGCGCGGCUCCCUGUGACAUCGUGGAAGACAUGGGAUACAGGACUCUGCCCAAGAUACUGAGCCACAUUGCUCCAGCAUUUUGCAUGAGCAGCUGCAGCUUUGUAGUGGAGAAAUCCAAAGAGUCCACAGCUCGGGUUGUGGUGUGGCGGGAAAUAGGCGUUCAAAGGAGCUACACCAUGGAGAGCACUCUGUGUGGCUGUGACCAGGGGAGAUACAAGGGUUUACAGAUUGGGACUCGAGAAUUGGAAGAAAUGGGAGCAAAAUUUUGUGUUGGUUUAAUGCGUUUGAAAAGACUGACUUCUUCAUUGGAAUAUAAUCUGCCUUCCAACAUGCUUGACUUUGAAAAUGACUUAAUCGAAUCAACCUGUAAAGUGACAAGCCCUACCACUUAUGUUUUGGAUGAAGAUGAACCUCGAUUCCUUGAAGAAGUUGAUUACAGUGCAGAAAGCAAUGACGAGUUAGAGGUUGAAUUAGCGGAAACCACAGGUGAUCAUGAGCCUUCUGCCCAAGAAGACGCCCUUUCCGACUCCGAGGUCUCAAGAGCUCACCUGUCUUGAACUUUCUGCCAUCUUUGUUAACUGCCAAGAAGAAAUGAAAUGUCUUGGUUUUCAUUACACAGGAAAUUUGAGAGGGACAAGCUUUUAGACAGCUGACUCAAAGAAGACAAAAAGGAACUUGGGCCUGUUUGGUUUCAAGAGAAUAAAUAUAUUAUUAAUUGAUGAUAUAAUUGGCAUUUGUUUUAUUUUAGAUAUUCAAUGUACUUUAUAUAGCAUUGAAUUAUCAAAUGAUAGAUUUACUUUAAAAAAGAACCCAAAUAUCAUUGCAUGAAUUUUUAUCUCCUGUGGCACCUGCAUCAAGUAGAUAAAUUUGAAGUGUGUCCAAGUACAAAAUCUAAAUGAUAGUGUUGAAAGCUAAUACCCCUGUACGUGGGUUUCUCUAGAGACGCUUGUGUGGAGGUGGGUAGUUCCUGAAGAUAAGACUGCUCUUCAGAAUCAUGUGAACUGUGGACCGUGGCCUUGAAGCCAUCCGUUAAUAAAAACCGUAUCAAAUACUGCA